CUGUUUUCUCUCUCCGUCCCCUGUUUCUACGAAUCAUAAAUACUCAGCCUCCCAACCCUUAUCUCUCUCUCCCUCUCAGACGCCCAGAAAAAAUCUCUGUUUUGCAGACCCGGUUUCUUCUUCCCCUCAAAUCCUCCCGGAGGAGCCUCCUGUGGCUGCAGCUCAAGGCUUUAUUGUUGGUGAGAUCUCUCCAACGGAAGAAGCGAAGAUGAUGAGCAGGUGCGGUUACGAGCAGAGCGCCAUGGUAGGCUGCGAGGGGAUGGAUUCAGUUGUGUGCCCAAAACCACGUCGUCUGAGCUUUCUAACUCCAUCCUUCAACGACAACGUCAGACCCUUCAGAUACUUCAAUCACAACCAAUCGGAGAUUGGAGAUUCUGAAGCUGGGUCUGAGAUUCUGGAUAUUAUUCUCGCCAAGGGGAAUUGUGAUGAUAGGUUUAGUACUAAUCAAUUGGCUUCGUCGCCGCCGUUUUUCUGCGGGUCUCCGCCGAGCAGGGCAUCAAAUCCUGUAAUCCAAGACGAGCAUUUCGGCAACAGCAGCAAUAUGGCUCCGUUUUUGCCGACACAGCCCAUGUUGUCAUCGCGCAACGGAGGCUGUGUCCGGAUGAAAUCCGGGGACAAGCCAGUCGCGGUGCGGAUCGAAGGGUUUGAUUGUCUUAGCAGGGACCGCAGGAACUGCAGCAUCUCUGCUAUAGCUUAGACACAGUAAGGGUAUGGAACAGAGCCCUCUCAGUUUCGGAAGAAGCAAGGUUUUGUGAGAAAAGUAGAGGGCUUUGUGCUUUGGGAAAAUAUCAAGAGGAGGAGGAAGAAGAUAAUGUUUUUUGGGGGGGUCUUUGAGAUGGAGAGAAUGUAAUUUUUGUAUAUACAAGUCAUGUGAGUUGAUCUAAUUUGCUUGAUUUAUGGUGAAGUUUUUUUGUGUAAAACUCAAAAGACGUAUAUGUAAAUUAAGGUGAUGGGAGAUGUUCCAUUUUGAGGAAUAAAAGGGAAGAGAGGGGAGAGAGAGAGAGAGGAAGGCUUAAAGUCUUUAACUUUCUCUCUCUAAGGAGUAAAGACUAUGUUUGGAUUCUCAUAAUCCUCUCUUUGUAAUUGUAUCUUGGAGGAAAUGAGGAUUGGAUCUAUUUGGAA